AUGACGAAAUUCUCUCGGUCGUGGAAACAUGAUCAAGUGUUCAUCAGUUUCAGAGGCGAAAGUCUAAGAAAGAAUUUAGUGAGCAAUCUAAUAGAAGAAUUUAAGAGGAAAAAAAUCAAUUAUUUCAUUGACGAGGAUGAGACGAGAGGGCGUCCGAUCACAACACUCUUCAAACGAAUCAGAGAGUCAGGUGUUGCACUCAUCCUCUUCUCAAACACGUACCCCGAGUCAUACUGGUGCUUAGACGAGCUUGCUGAGAUCAAGAAGCAAGUAGAGAUAGGUAAUCUUAACGCUUUUCCAGUAUUCUACGAAGUGGCACCUGACUCUGUCAAGAGACAGACUGGUUCCUUCGGCAGCAACCUACUCAAAACGGCGGAUUUGGUUCGCUACCAAGUUGAUCGGGGAAGCUACGAGUCGAUACUUGAAACAGAGGCUUGGAUUUGGGGAUGGAGGGAAGCUUUAGUCUAUAUUGGAGGUAUACUAGGCUCUCCUCAUAAGAAAGGAGGCCCUGAGGGGCCUCUAGUUACUGAUAUUGUGGUCAAACUUAAGAAAAGGUUACGCGAAAUUUCUUAUCCAAGAGAUGAUCAUUUUAACAUAGAUAAGUUUUUGAUGCAUCCCCAGAAGGCAGUAACGUCUUUAUUACAAGCUCUAAACCUUAAGAAAUCAGUUCUUAAAGAUCUUAUUACCAAACCGUCCAUUCAUUCCGUUUCCAUGAUACUUGAUGAUCUGGUGUUUCUUGACCUGAUCUCUCUCAAGAAUCCUGAACUCGGUCAGGGAUUAACCAAGCAUGGUCAAGCUGGAAGUAUAAUCUUGUUGUUGCUAGGUUCUCUUGACGUCUAUGAUAAGGAAUUUGAGUUCCAGCCUCUUUUGUUGUCCAAGAAACCUCAACGGUUUCCUGGUAACAAACCUGUUGUCUCUCAAGAAAUUCAAGAUCAAAGCUACCCGUCACCAGUUCAAGUCACUAACGUGUUAGCAACGGUAGAGAGUAAUGACAAUACUCGGAACCGUCUUGGUGAUGAUAAAAACUCGGAUGAUGAUACUUUGGCCUGCUUUACAUUCUUAUGCAACAUUAUGAAACAUUGUGCAAUGAUGAUGAGACCUCCCCCGGAUAGAGCGGUCAUCAGUUUCGGUGAGGAGCAGCUUGAAGAAACCCUAGUGAGCUCUCUGAUAAGCCCUCCCCCGGAUAGAGCGUUCAUCAGUUUCGGAGAUAAGCAGCUUGAAAAAACCCUAGUGAGCUCUCUUAAAAUAGAACUUGAAGCGAAAGGAAUCUCGGUAUAUGUAGAAAAUGAGACGAAGGAGAGGAUCAAAGAGUCAAAGGUUGCAAUAGUUGUCUUCUCAGCCAAGUACCCUGAGUCACCACAGUGUCUUGAUGAGCUCUUUGAGAUCAAGAAGCUUAUGGACGCAAGAGAGAUCGAUCCCUUCCCCAUUUUCUACAAGAUGGAAAAUGUUUCUAACCUAGCUCAAUCAGUUAAGCUAAUACAAGGCUGGUUCCUUUAUAGGCUUCUCAAGAUAGAGCAAGAAGUGCGGAAAGACGUCAAUAGAAAAAGUGUGAAGUCUAUACUUGAUACCGAAGCUAGAAUCUGGGGAUGGAGACAAGCUAUCCGGUCCAUUUCCUCAAAACCAGGCUUUAGCAAUGAAUAUAGCUCUGAUCCUUUGUUCUUGACUGCUGUUAUGACCAAGGUCAAGGAAAUGUUUGAAUUUAAGGACAGACCGAAGAAGUCUAGUCAAAUGAUUGAAGAAACGCCUCUAAUGCAUCAGCAUGAUGACUUGUUCUACUCCCUAGCUUCGUUCUUACAAGCACUAAACCUUGAAAAUACAGAUCUUGAAGGCUUCAGGGAGCACAAUGGUCUCAUAUCGCUGAGCCUAAAAAGAUACCCUAAUCUAGUGUUUCUGAACUUGGGUUCUUUUGACAAUAUGGUCGAAUUUAAGUGUUCUAAGUCAUUCGAAUUCCUUAUAAAGGGUCUUGGUAUGAAUCAUCACAGUAUCAGCAGAUUUGAAGAGCCUUCUUGGGUCCUUGUCUCAUCUCAGAAUCACCAAUAUCACAUUAACCAGGUUCAAAACCCUAGUAGUAGACAUGUUGCUAGUCCCACUACGCCGCAAAGAUCUUUACUGGCUUUUGCUCCUCCUGAUACUCCUCUAGGAGUAGCUGAUGACACCUCUAGCACUGUUGUUGUUGCAUCUGAUGUAGCUACAUUUACUCCAACUUCUCCAGUAGAAGCAGAACCAGCAACUCCUCCUGUCACUACGAGUGAACUCACUACUACUAAUUUGGUAACUCUCCCUGCUCCUAUUUCAAAUUCAUUGACCAAUGAAGUUGAAGGAAAUGUAUCUGGUAGCACUUUUGAGGCUUUAGACACGGGUUCAAGAUUUGAGAAGGGUGAUACUUCCCAAAGAACCCGAGGAGGAAGGUUAAUAAAACCUACUCAAAAAGUCCUAGAGAUGCAGUGGACCUUGGCGAGAAGGACAUAA